CGUAUCGAAAGUUCUGGCUCUCUUGAAUAAGCGUUUUGCUCGCAAGAAGGGAUGGUAAUUCGAGAAAUCACCGCCUUUACGACUUCCAUGACCCCGGUUACGUCCUGAUGGCCUGUGUUGACCCUAGUGGUCCACGCGGCUGUAAUUAUCACCCCUUUCAGAAUAUGGUGAACAUGCUGUGUUCGUUUCGAGUUCAACAUCUUGCCAUGAUACCCCGUUCCGACUCGAUAAUACAUUUAUUCCUUUUCUUUCUUUUUGUAUUUUGCGCAUACCCAUUUUGGCUCGUUAGGUGUUUUUUGCUCGCGCUACUGCUUUCCUUGAAAGAUCUAGUCCAGAUAUUUCUAUUUCUUAUAACUACAUUAUGUUGCGAUAUCUCUGAGAUGUGGUCAUUUGUUUAUAUAGUAUACACCGUUCCGCUGGACCGGAAUAUGCAUUAUGUCAUCAAUGCUGGUGUUUUUGUGUCGUUCGAUCUGUUUUGUCAAGAGUUCAUGUUCUGUGUGGCAUUAUGUUUGCUGGCGCUUUUCAGGGGUUGUGAUCCUAUGACGAUCUUGCCUGUAAUAAUACUAUAUAUACUCGCGCGUCCAGUUAUGAUUUUUUUGGUCUUUGUUUCGAGCAUCGAAGAAGCGAAAUACGAAUAUAUACCUGUCUCCUGUCUGAUAAGUAACUGGCCAUCACGCGAUGUUCUCGAACAUGGCAUAAUCCAUUGACAUUAAGGUAGUUAGUAUAGGUCCACGGGGGUCUGUCAGUUGAUGACCUGGCACGUAGUACACACCAGCGCCAUCAGUGGUCAACCAGAUUGAUUGGAGUUGCCGUGUGCUAUUUGCCCUGUCACACUUCCAGCCUGGCCGAUCUCAUGGAGCAAACAUCAAGAUUCGACUGUCUGACCUUGUACAGUUGAGUCGGUGGCGAUUUUGUUCCCCUCCAGGCUGCCCCGCAAUGCAGCGCUGUCAUACUAUUCAGCCCUUCAUGACUGUGCAGCGACGUAAUUAUUGAAUUAUUGACUGCUCGGAAAUCCCUGGCUAGGUGAUCUGGCAGACGUGUAUUAUCAUUAGGCUCGCGUCGCUAUUGACUGACUUUGCGCAAAUCCCGCCUGCGACUGUCG